CUUGUCUUCACUAUGGGUCGUCGGCGCAAGAACCGUACUCAUCUCAAGGGCGGGGUGGCAUCCGCGCCAGGAACCGCUGAAGGUGUCCCCAAGUCGUUCGUGAUCAAGCAUGGCCAGGUCGGGCACUCGCUCACGCAGCUCGUCCGGGACGUUCGGAAGGUCAUGGAGCCAAAUACUGCUAGCCGGCUAAGGGAACGUGCAAGGAACAAGCUCAAGGACUUCUUGACCAUGGCUCCUGCGCUCGGCGUAACGCAUUUGCUUGCGUUCACGCUUACGGACGUUGCAUCUUCUAUGAGGAUUGUCCGAUUGUCUGCAGGUCCGACGCUGAGCUUCAGGGUUGAGCGGUAUAGCUUGGCGAAGGACAUCAUACAUUCCUCUCGGAGAGCAAGAAGUAUGAGUACAGUGGAAUACCUCUCGCCUCCUCUUCUCGUCCUUGCUUCAUUCCCGCCCCCAUCUCCCACCACGCCCCCUCAUCUCACGCUUAUGAUGAAGACGUUCCAGUCCUUAUUCCCGCCCCUCUCUCCGCACACGCUCUCCCUCUCUUCUGCGCGCCGCGUGGUCCUUAUUUCCUACAAUGCAGAACGCGGAACCGUCGACUUCCGACACUACCUCAUCACCGUCAAGCCGUACGGAGUCUCAAAGCGCAUCAGGCGCGUGCUUGAGGGCGUCACUGCCAAAAAGACAUCCCACUCAGAAACCAGCGUCCUGGACCUCGGCAACGAGAAGGAUGUCGCGGACUUCCUACUCAGAAAGAAGGGCGAACCUGGUCCGUCGAGUGAUGGAUACGAGAGCGCCGCCUCGUCUGCGUCGAGCGUUGCGGGUGACGACGGAGAUGCGGUCGACCUUGCGGAUGAUUAUGUGGGCCGCAAUAAUAAGAAGGGACAGAAGAGAGCGGUGAAACUGGAUGAGAUCGGUCCGAGGAUGGAGCUGAGACUGAUCAAGGUGGCCGAGGGUGUACCGGGGAAGGAGGGUGGGGUGCUCUACCACGAGUUUGUCAAAAAAACAAAAGCCGAGGUCAAGGCGCAGAAGGCGGAGCAUGCCGCGAAGGAGAAGCUUCGCCAGCAAAGAAGAGAGGAGCAAGAGCGGAACGUUGCUCGGAAGAAAGCGGCUAAGGGAUCCAAGGAGGGUAAAGGAGAAGAAGGCGAGGAAGAGGACGAGCGGGACGAAGGCGAUGAUGACCCUGAUUUUGACGAAGAAAUAUCGGGGAUAGACGACGAGCAUGACGAGGAAGGUGACGGAGAUGAGGGAGCGUGGGAUGACGACGAGGAGAUAAGCGAGGUUGAGGAGUCUGACGACGGAGGCGAAGAGAGCGAGAGUGAUGAUGAGGCGGCGAGACCACCACAAAAAAAGCUCAAGCUAAAGAGCAAACGGUAG